AUGCUAGAUCUACGCUUAAGCAACGGCGAAAUGCUAGAUCUACGCUUAAGCAACGGCGAAAUGCUAGAUCUGAGCUUAAGCAACGGCGAAAUGCUAGAUCUACGCUUAAGCAACGGCGAAAUGCUAGAUCUACGCUUAAGCAACGGCGAAAUGCUAGAUCUGAGCUUAAGCAACGGCGAAAUGCUAGAUCUACGCUUAAGCAACGGCGAAAUGCUAGAUCUACGCUUAAGCAACGGCGAAAUGCCUUGA